AUGGUGGAAAACUCAAAGAAAUGCCAAUCCUUUUACAGAGUGGAGGUGUUUUUAGAAAAGACAAACCUGGUUGUCACAGAUGAAACAGGUUUUGGAAAGGAAAAUCAAGCUGCCAAAGCAACUUUAGAGAUUAUGAUACGCAAGAACUACCAGCUGUUUCUGGCCUUGGUAUUUGCAGUAACAAAGAUCAACAAGGAUUUGCUUCUCCUCCCCAACAUCACACUCGGCUUCCAUAUCUAUGACAACAGACACACUUUUAGGAGGAUUUCGUGGAACAGCCUCUCCCUGCUCUCCACACGAGGCCAAAUGGUUCCAGAUUACAAGUGUGACAAGCAGGACACUCUGCUCUCUGUCAUUGGAGAUCUCACCACCAAAUCCUCAAGGCAAAUGGCCUCCAUCUUCAGCAUCUUCAAGAUCCCACAGUGGAACUGGGUUGGGCUUGUGGCCCCUGAAGAUGACAGUGGUGAUUAUUUCAUCUCAACUCUAAUGCCAAUAUUGAAGGAGAAGGAGAUCUGCCCAGCCUUCACUAAAAUGUUGAAUAUUGGUGAUAUUGUUAAUACGUUACUACGCUUAAUAGCUUUUUUCGAAAUGUGGUUUGAAAUUGAAGUAAUUAUUUUGUUUGGAGACUCCAGUAAAAUUGUGUUUCUAUAUAUCGCUCUGCCUAUGUAUGAACAAAAGACUAAGAUGCCAUUUGGAAGGGUUUGGAUUCUGACUUCCCACUGGGAAGUUAGUGCCUUGGAACCUCAAGAAUUAUUUAAAAUCCUAAAGCCAUUCCAUGGUUCUUUGCAUUUCAGGGACCAUACCCAUGACAUCUCAGAGUUCAGACAUUUCCUUUUGUCUUUAGACCCCAUGAACCACCAAGGAGAUGUCUUUCUCCGUCUAUGGUGGGAAACCAUUUUUGACUGCAAGAUCUCUAAAUCAGGAGAGAUCCCUCAGAAGAAGACAAAACAAUGUACAGGAAAGGAGGAUUUACAGAAUCUGCCAUCUUACAUUUUUGAAGUGAGCAUGAUGGGUAAAAGUUACAACAUCUACAAUGCCAUUUAUGCUGUGGCGCAUGCAUUACAUGCCAUAUGUGGAUCAGGAGCACGACCAGCCAUGAUGAGACUUGGAAAGAAGAUUUCAAAUGUCCAAUCGUGGCAGAUUCUUCCCUAUUUGAAGAAUGUCCAGUUCAACAACAGUGCUGGAGAUGAAAUAGCCUUCUCGGAAAAUGGGCUGAUUUCUGCUCAUUAUGAUCUUCUCAACUGGAUAUUUCUCCCUGAUCUGUCUUUUGUCCCCAUAAAAGUUGGGCAAAUAAAUCCUGAGGCUCCCCCAGGCCAGGAUUUCACCAUCAACUUGGAUGCAAUCAUUUGGGCCACAAAGAAGCAGGUUUGCUGCUACCAAUGCGCCCCUUGUCCAGAAGGGACCAUUUCUAAUCAAACAGAUGUAGUUCACUGUGACCCUUGCCCAGAAGACCAAUAUCCAAACAAGGAGAAGGACCACUGCAUUGCCAGAAAGAUCCAGUUCCUUGCCUAUCAAGACACCCUGGGAUACACUUUAGCUUCUCUCACUCUGUCUCUGUCCAUAAUCACAUUGGCAGUCCUAGCAAUUUUCCUUAAGCAUCGUGACACACCGAUCGUCAAGGCCAACAACAGAGAUCUCACCUACAUCCUCCUGGUCUCCCUCCUGCUCUGCUUUCUCUGCUCGUUCCUUUUCAUUGGUCAACCAGGAAAGUUCACCUGUCUCUUCCGACAAUCUGCCUUUGCUAUUCUCUUUUCUCUUGCAGUUUCCUCUGUGUUGGCAAAAACUGUCAUAGUGAUUCUGGCCUUCAUGGCCACCAAGCCAGGGAACAAAGCAAGAAAGUUCUUAGGAAAACUACUGACCAAUUCCAUUGUCUUAACCUGUCCCCUGGUCCAAGCACUUCUUUGUGCCACCUGGCUGGUGACCUCUCCCCCAUUUCCCAACUGGGACUUCCACUCAUUGAGAGAAGAGAUUAUUGUGGAAUGUAAUGAAGGUUCAGUUUCAAUGUUUUACUCUGUCCUUGCCUAUAUGGGUUUCCUGGCCCUCGUCAGUUUCACAAUGGCAUUCCUAGCUAGAAAAUUGCCCAACAGUUUUAAUGAAGCCAAGUUCAUUACUUUUAGUAUGCUGGUCUUUUGCAGUGUUUGGAUCACCUUCCUCCCUACCUACCUUAGCACUAAAGGGAAGUCCAUGGUGGCUGUGGAGAUUUUCUCCAUCUUAGCUUCUGGGGCUGGUCUCUUGGUUUGUAUCUUCCUUCCCAAAUGCUACAUUAUCCUACUAAGGCCCCACCUUAAUUGUAAAGAAAAUAUGAUAAGAAACAAGAAUUUCUAA